GAUUGUUGGUGGGAAUUCCCGCGUUUUGAUUUUUAAUAUAGCGAUCAAGCUCUUCUGAACCACAGAUCGACUGGAGUGAUCUUGCUUGACGGGUCUCCAAGUGCUACGGUUUCACAACCCUUUUACCCCAGAUCUCUGGAAAUAUGCCUGUCUCAAGAAUGCGAAUGAGGCCAUGGUUGGAAUUAGAGAUAAAUUCUAAGAAGAUUCCAGGAUUGUGUUGGAUAAAUAAGGAAAAGCAGUUAUUCCAAAUUCCAUGGAAGCAUGCUGCUCGACAUGGAUGGAACCUGGAGACAGAUGCCUGUUUAUUUCGAAACUGGGCUGUACAUACAGGGAGGUUUAGGCAGGGAAUAGACAAACCAGAACCCAAAACAUGGAAGGCCAAUUUCCGAUGUGCUAUGAACUCUUUGCCUGAUAUUGAAGAAGUGAAGGACAAAAGUGUUAACAAAGGUUCCAGUGCUAUUCGAGUAUAUCGGAUGCUUUAUGUAUCAAAACAAAAAGAAAAGAAGCCACGAUUGUCCACGGAAGUAAAAAGCAAAAAUAGGAGAAGGACAAAGUCAAAGGUCAAGGAAGAAAUGACAGAACCUGCUGCAAUAACAUUACCGACUGAUCAUACCACAUACACCGCACCAGAGCUAUAUACUACACAGGAAAUGGUGGCUGACAGCACAGUGUCUUUUGAAGAAACCUUUGCAGCAAUACAGCAACUGCCUGAGUGGUCUUCAAAUAGCUUAGGAAAGGAAAGUGAAAAUGAGAUUGCUAGCACAAUUGCUAUGUACCCAUUUCAGAUUUCUCCUUUAUCCUCUCCUGCAGCAACUAGUGUGACUGACAGCUUCCUUUCCGGAGACGAAAGCUCAGGGGAAUCAGUACCUGAACCCAGUUCAUGGGAACAUAGUACAAUUGAAGGAAGAGGCUUCUUCAGCAACACAAUGGGGAACAAUCCAUUAAAUUUAGUUGAAUCUGCUAGUGAGCUGGAACUGACUUCACAUGCUUUGCUUCCAGAACUGGAAUGGUCAGAAUCAGCAGGUGAUAGUCUCAUCAGGAGUCAGCCGGACUUCAGGCAAGCAGCAGGUUUUUUAAAUUUGCCUGAAUAUUUGAACUGGGCAAACGGAUCUCUCAUCAGCUGCACAUGAAUUAAGACUGUUAUGCACUAAAAUAGUGCAUUAUGUACAUAGAUUUUUACCACCACUGUCUUUGCAUUUUGUUAAGAGACUUCCUGACAUACUGAGUUUCCAACUGCUAAUUACAGAAAUAAAACUGGAUGGUCAUUUGAUGUCUUCGUGAAGCAACUCAUAAAAAAAGAACUAUUUCUUUGACCAAUGCAAAGAACAAUCUGCUAUACAUGGAAACAUUGCUGAUAGAAAAGAAAUGCUCUUCAUGUUUGCCUAAGAAGGAAAAUACAUUAAUUUUUUUAUGUUACUGUAUGUAGAUCUUAGCACAAACGUUCCUCCAUGUUCUUACAACUUUCUGAAAUCAUGAAGAAAAUAAUCAGACUGAAAUGCCUACAAAUAUAGUAUCUGUUUACUAUAUAAAACCUCAGUAUACAGUAUGUUGCCUCUCAACACAAGGUUGCUAACACUGAAUUAUUCGUCAGAAAAGUUUUAUCUAAUACUGGAACUGAAUUUCUUUCUACAGUAGUAAUCAUGUUAUACAGGUGAAGGUGACUUAAAAAUUAUUUUACAAACAUAUUAUAAAUGGUAAUGCCAGUCUGUUUUAAAAUUUCCCCUUAAUUGGUAUCUUCAGAAAGAUUUUUUGGAUGUUAAUAAACAUUACAUUUUGUUAAAAUUUUCAUUGUAAAUAUCUUGAAGUUAUUAUUUUGAUAAUUACUUUUGUCCAUAAACUUGCUAGCUCAAGAUUUCAUAGGCUUAUAUUCCUGGAAUGUAGAAGGGUACAAGACAAUCUGAAAAUUUUAGGAUAUUGGAAGGAAUUAGAAUUUGUUUUUGAUGUUAGAUAAAUAGAGGAUCCAGCUGAAAAAUUCGAGCUAAGUCAUUCAGAAGGGGAAAUGUAAAACAAUUCUGAUGUAAAGUGGAACAAUUCUACUAGUCUAGCACUCACGAAGAGUAGGAGUUACUUGAGUUACCAUUUAAAAUAUAUUUGUUAACCAAGGGAAUAAUGGAUGUGGCGCUAAUGUACAUGCCUGAAACGAGGAUACAGAUUGGCCAAUUUUUAAAUGGGGAACCUAAUGUCCUUCUCUUAGUUAAUGUUCCAAUGAAAUAAAUUAUCCGUGACUUAUUAUUUCUUAUUUGUCUUAAUCAGAUAUAUUUCGGUAGGUUUGUAUUCACGUUAAUAUUUGAAACCAGUCAAUAUGUUGAUAUAGCAUGUUUUUAAUUACUGAUAAUAUUGAAAUAACUACUGUAAAACAAAUGAUUUUGGAGAAUAUAUUCUCUAAAAAAUUACGUUGAAAACAGGAAUUUGGUUUGCAUUUAACCCUUCCACUUUUGGAAAAUGUGUUUGCUUGCCUGAUCAUUAUCAGUGCUGUUAAAAUCCCAUAUGUACUUUGGCUUCUCUCUUACCAAAUUUGUCCUUACGUGUAAGUAAGCAGUUUCUGUUCAGUUUCCCAUUGUGUGAUAUUUAAGUUAGCAGAAAUCUUCCAAAAGACAAGGUUGAUUUUAGUUUCACUGUUUAUGUCUCCAUAAUGUAAUUUUGUAUUUCAUUUUACACAUCCAUCUCUCAAACUGCUAUCACACCAUGCCAAUUAAAACUUUUUAAAAAAUAUAUGAAAUUAUUAUUAAAAUAGUAGCUUUCGAAAGAUAAUAAAU